UGGGGUGUUUUACAGCUGACGCUCCGUGUUGACGAUGGCUGCCCGAUUUGAGGUGACAAACUGGGCUGGUCGGCAGUGAUGAUCAGACCUCAGAGCCCCGCGUAGCAGAGAUCCAGCCAAGCCAAGACGACGACAUGUCAUUCGCAUGAGACGAAUGGUAGAGGUCCUCGUAGUGUUCCUUCACCCCGAUAAGCGUGGUUCGGUCGGUUAAGGAAAAAAAAGAGAUCGGAAUCUCAAGGAAAGCCAAAUGAGGAUUCGAGGGGCAAUGGAAAGGGCUCUUAUCGUUCCGGUCUCUGCACAAGAUGGACGCGGUAAUGGUUACCUUAUCGCGAUGAUACCCCGCCUGGACAUAAAAAGAGACCCCAACACUAGAACACUGCAGUACUGUACUUACGCACGAGUACCAUAUAAGAACAACGAGAGAAAACAACGGAUUCGGAGGGGACGAAAAAUCUGUUUGUGUGCUUCGUCUUCCAUCCGCAAUACACUCCCCACCGGAUCCAGAGUGACAGCUAAAUAUAGUCAGUCCACAAGGAGAAGUCAAAAAGUCGUUCCGGCGGAGCAUUGCAACGUUCCCCAGUCAUAUACUCCGUACGCGGAGUGGAUUAGGUCAUCUAUGGGUGGUGAGGUGGAACAGAGUUCUAGAAUUUUUGUUGCUUGAAUCGAUUUUCCGGCUCUGGUUAUAUCUACCGGGCUGCUCGCUUUCUCUGCCCUUGGUGUUCUUAUCGUGAGAGACGCAAACAGCCUUGAAUCUUUCGACUA